AUGUAAACCGUACAUAGUGUGACAAUCAUGGCGUUACAGAACAUAAGCUAUAUUGUGCUCUACGUUACAGUUUCAUUCAUGGAUGAAGAGCCAGUUGUGUGCCUGGCAAGCCAUGGCGUCUCCACGAAAAAGAUAGUAGUGUGCGGCGAGCGAAAGUUGAAUGAUGUGAUUGCUUCCCUGGGGGAAUCAGCUUUUGCUGGAUUGGUGACAGAUGCUCUGCUAGUUCAGAUAUUCGACACGGAGUUCAACAAGUAUAUUGAUAUGGAUGAAACAACAGUGCUCCAGCAACACUCCGAACUGAAACUCGAAAUUGUGAAGCAAAGCACCGUGCCAGCACAAACGGAGGGUGACAAAGGUGCAGAAUAUAUGCUGUCUGCUUCAACAAGCACUUUACAAAGUUCAGCAGCACAUGAACCUGGACCAAACAUGUUGACAAGAGAGUACGAGCUUCCACCAACACCUGUAGACAUUGCUGAAGGUGUAAAAGGAGUUAAACGAGGAGACGUGCCAGAGCAUCUCAGGCGCAGAAUUGUGGAUUGGAUGUUCUAUGACAUGGCGUCAUACACAAUGUAUGCGGGCAAAAUGUGCAAGCCUGCAGCACAACAGCUUGUAAGACGUUAUCCCCAACUCGGAGACACUGCACUUGAUGGUUCUGGUUCCUGGUACAUGUCACUACGCAAUAAAGGAAAAAAUUUGCGGAGAAUGAUGAGUGGAUUCCCUGAAAUAGAUGCUGCAAGAGCAAAAGCGAGAAAGAAAUCAAACAAAGCGACAGCGGCCUCCACAAAUGCAGGAACGCCCGGGGCCUUCCUGAAAACUAUAAGAAGAGGUCAUGUUCAGCCUUCAACACCUGGAAUGUUAGGGCUUGGUGAAGAUGAUGCAACAAUAAGUGGACACAUGACGCUGAUGCAGAAGGAGCUGAGAAAGCAUGACUACUCAAAAGAAAAAGUCAAACUGGCUAUGGAGUGCACUUUCAAAGUGAGGCGAGCCUGGAUUGAGUCUGGAAACAUCUCUGUGCAAGAAAUAAUUGACAAGUACCCUGCACUGCAGACUGACACUGAGAUUCGCAACGAGUUUCAAAGACUGACAAAUGUGGAUGCUGACGCAGCACUACUACGGUUCAUCAAGGCGUCUGGACACAAAAUUCUUGACAUGGCAUACAACAAGAAGUCUGCCAGAGCGGAAAUAAAGCGCAUGAAAGAACACAUGGACACACUUCAAGAAGAGCAACAGAAGUACUAUUUUGCCGUGAGUGUGUUAAGGUUCCUGCCAUCGCUUGUUAAGGAGAACUGGCACCGUUGGCUCACAGAAUUGGAUCCUGACCAGGAAGUAUACACAUAUCCUACAGUCACAUAUGCAGGAUGUGACCUUGCUUCAAGUGACAGCAUCAGUGUUUGCGUAGAAGGGCUGCAUUUUGAUGCUCCUGAUGUGACAUCUGCUGUAUCCUUACAAAUGGCAAUGUAUUGGACUUUUAACAUUCGAUAUUCAUUUUGCUCACAACAGACGCUAAGCCUUCUUGAACACAUGAUGGGUAUUGCUUACACUCCACUCAAUACUCUUGCGCUGCGAGCACAAACAAAAAUUCUGUCAGCGUAGACAAAGCUGUUGGUGGACCAUUUCACACAAAGACAGUUAGUUCUUUUGCUCAACCUCCUCUCUCCAACAGCAUUUGCUGAGAAAAUGUGCCUACUCCGAGAUGUGGUCAUGUGACAUAUAAGCCUUUAUGAAUUUUGUACUUUAUUUUUCAAAAGCCUAAGGGCUCCAUGGAGCACCAGGUCAGCGUGUACCGAGAUUUCAAGCAAAGACGGUGCAUCAUAGGUUAAUGUGUACUAGGUUCAUAGUUAGGUGCAAACUGUCUAAUAUUAUGUUGAGUCGCAUGUUAUAGUUCAGUGAAUUUCAUGGUACCGAUAACAAAUGACGUACAAGUAAUUUCUAACUCUUUCAUUUGUCGUCGUAUGGCUGAGACAUGAAAAAAGUUGUAUAGGCCGCGAGAAGAGCCGAUCACAAAUGUAUUUAACGGCGUAUGCCGUGCGUGGAGUUUUUCCUGACCUCGUUAAACUGUUUACCAUGUUUACCAAAGUUUACCAUGUGAUAAUGUGAUUACCUACUCGAAUUCAGAGCCUCCAUGCGUGCAGAACUAUUACAUUCGUUUUCUGUUGAGAAGAGACAUUCGUGUCAGGGUUCGCUUGAAGGCCACUUCACAGCACGUAAUGAAUGCAGUUUCUUUUUCUGCCUGCUUCGUAGCUGUGUACUCGAGAUGCGCGAGCAUUUGCCCGUUUGUCUCUGUGAGCUUCAGGUUUCUUGGAGGCGAGAAAAGAACUUCACGCCUGGCGUAAGCAUU